ACACAUACAUACAGGGAGAGAACUUUUCCUUUUCACCCCCUCUAAAUCGGACUUUAUUCUCUCUUCCCUCCCAGAAAUCACCCUUAAAAACAAGCCGAUUCCACCCCCCGAUCCCCCAUCCACACACAAACACACACCUGAUAUCCAAGUAAUAUACUGGAGCUUCCCUAGCACCUCACUAUAGCUAGCUUCACCACUUCACACACACACACACACACAUGGAUUCCUCGCCGUCUGACCUAACCCUAGACUACACGCCCAACGGCAACGGCACGGCGGCUGCCAGCGGCGGCUACCCGAAGCAGGCGUCGCCGGUUGUGGACCACCGCCAUCAUCUUACGCCGGAGCAGGCCACAACGCAGAAGCUGCAGGAGUUCCUGGCCCGCCUCGACGACGAGCGGCUCAAGAUCGACGCCUUCAAGCGCGAGCUCCCGCUCUGCAUGCAGCUGCUCAACCAAGCUAUGGAGGCGUACAGGCAGCAGCUGGAAGCGUGCCAGAUGGGGAGCCAUGGCGCUGCGGCGGCGAGGGCGCCGCUGGUGCUCGAGGAAUUCAUACCGCUGAAGAACAUCGGGAUCGACGAGGCGGAGAAGGCGGCCGGGAACGCGCCGUCAGAGAAGGCGAGCUGGAUGGUGUCGGCGCAGCUGUGGAACGGGCCGGCUACGGGGGACGCGGCGGCCAAGGGCCCGCAGACUCCCAAGGAGCGCUCGGAGCACCCGCUGGACACGAGCCCCAUGCUCGGCGCCCUCGACGGCGGCGGCGGUGCUUUCCUCCCGUUCAGCAAGGAGAAGGCCUGUAUGGCGGAGAGCGCGGCGCUGCCGGAGCUCGGGCUCGCGCCCGCGGAGAAGGACCGGGAGGCUGACAGAAAGCCGUACCACGACGCCGGCGGCAGCAACGGCACUGUAGUCUCGCGGAGAGACGUCGGUGCCCCACCGACGUCGACGGCGCCGGAAGGGCAGUCGGUGCCACCCGCUCCGCAGACGAACCGGAAGGCUCGGCGGUGCUGGUCGCCGGAGCUGCACCGCCGCUUCGUCAAUGCCCUCCAAAUCCUGGGCGGCGCUCAAGUGGCGACCCCGAAGCAGAUCCGCGAGUUGAUGAAGGUGGAUGGAUUGACCAAUGAUGAGGUGAAAAGCCAUCUCCAGAAGUACAGGUUACACACGAGACGGCCGAUGCCGGCACCGUCGGCGCCGCCGGCGGGGGCACCGCAGCUGGUGGUUCUCGGGGGCAUAUGGAUGCCGCCGGACUACGCGGCGCAGGGGGCGGGACCGGCCGCCAUCUACGGGGCGCACCCGGCGACGCAGGCGCACUACACGGCGGCGGUGUCGGCGCAGGAGUACUACCAGUCCGCGGCCGCGGCCGCGCACCACGGCCACCACAUGCAGCACCACCCGGCGGCCUCUAUGGUGCACCACCGCGCGGUGGCGCCUCCGCCUCCGCCUCCGCCUCCGCAACAUCAGCCCGUCUACAAGGUGCACCCGGUGUCGGCAGCAGGGUCGCAGGGGUCGUCGGAGGGAAGGCGUAGCAGCGGCGGCGGCAGGGAGAGGUCGGAGAGCAUCGAGGAGGAGGGCGAGGAGAGGGAGGAGGAGGACGACGACGACAACGACGACCACGGCAUGGCGGCGAACGGCGACGCCGAGCAGAUCAACUACUGAUUAACGGAUCAAAUUGAGUAGCGCGCACCAAUUAGUUAGCCCCUAAUGAUCGUACUUACGUCCGGUAGCUUAAUUAUUAAGAAGUUGGUAUAACGAGAUUGUUUUCUGUUCGGAAAGUGAUUUUUUGGCGCGGAGAGCGGAAGCCGGUCUCUGGGCUUGAGUGGAGCAGCGGGAGCCUGAGAUUGUCUCAUCCGUGAUGUGAUGGAUAUACGGAUGGAUUUGUGAGGGCUUUUCUCUUCUUCUUUUUUUCUUCCCCUUCCUUUUGGGCUUUUGUUUUUGUGCUAGCAAAUAAUUUGGUAAAUAUGCCAUGAUGGAAAAAUGCCUAGUUUUUGUACACUUGGUUGGAGGAAAAGACAGUUAUUUGGGGGAUGCUUCUCCUUGGUUUACGGUGUGAAUUGUCAGUAAGCAAUAACGGAAGGCUAUUUCUGUCCUGAAUAAAUGGUUCCAGAAUUUCUCGGAUAUGUACCA